ACAAGUUCUUGAAAGAUCUUUUGUACUUAAAUUCUCAUCUGAGCCUGCAAUGUUCCUGCUGUGCAUAACAGUUCUAUGUGCAGAGCUCCGAGGCACGUGGACCAUGGAGCUGGUCGACAGUGGGCCUCAGACCAUGAUGAAAGCCCAGGGAGAGAGCGUGGUUCUGGGCUGCAGGUACAAGCCCAGCCCUGCCGAUACCGGAGACCUGGACAUCGAGUGGUCCAUAGUGAGCCCGGACACAACCCAGAAGGACCAGAUGCUGGUCUCAUACAGCGGCGGCACAAAGUACGUGCACUCGGAGAACCCUCUGUCCAAAGGCAUGACCUUCUCCAGCCCUGACCCCUCCUCCUCCUCCGGGGAUGCCUCCCUCUCCAUCCCUGCAGCGAGCCCCGCCCACAGCGCCACCUACCAGUGCAAAGUGAAAAAAUCCCCUGGGGUGGACACUCGCAAGGUGUCUCUGCUCGUCCUGGUGAAGCCGUCUGUGCCCCGGUGCUGGGUGGAGGGGUCCCAGAUGGAGGGGGAGCCUGUGACUCUGCACUGUAAGUCUGCCAGCGGCUCAGGGCCCUUCACCUACACAUGGAGGAGGCAGAGCGGACCGUUAGGGGCCAAUUUAGAGCAACAGGACAGUGUGACCGGAGAGCUGAAGAUUAGCAACCACUCGCAGAGCCACGCGGGACUCUACCUCUGUGAAGUCAACAACGCCGUGGGCUCGGAGCGUUGCCAGGUCCACCUCCGAGCCAGCAAACCCCCCAACCGAGCGGCGGUGAUCGUGGGAACAGUGAUCGGCUGCAUCCUCCUCAUCCUCAUCCUGCUGCUCUUCAUCGCCGUGCUGUUCUGGAAACUCAGGGGCAGGCACAGAUAUGACAAAGAGUUUUCCAAUGACAUCAGAGAGGACGUCCCGCCUCCUGAGAGCCGCCCGGUCAGCCGCAGGACCACCAGGAGCAGCGGCCCCUCCCAACACCACGUGACCUAUGACCCUUUGGGGGGCACGGAGCUCAGCUGGUCCGACGACGUGACCUCUGACCACCCCUCCAGCAAAAACCAAGUCUACACCCCAGUACAGUACGACAGCAAGUACGGAUACGCAGUCUGAUAGGAGCAUGAAGGACUUAGGACUGGGGAAUUCAAAGCUGUGAAGAACAACAAAAAAAAGGGACAUUUUCUACAAUUUUUAAUCCAGAUUUUCAAGAUAAUUAGGAAAAAACUGAUACAUGAAUGAGUGCUGAAUUGUUCCAAUGGAGGAGAUGGAGAGGCUGGGGAGGUUGAUGGUUCUGCUGCUGUGGUAUAGGUCAGUGAUUCCCAACAUUUUUGUCCGGAGUAUCACCAAGCUUUGUCACCCUUACUCAGGUAUUUUUUUUACCAUUUUAAUGAUACCGAUGUUCGCCACCUAAAUAUUACAAACAUUAAUACAAAUAUUGUUCGUUGUAGUAAUAAAUAAUAGUAGGUGUACUGUAUUUUCUGGAGUAUAAGUCGCACUGGAGUAUAAGUCGCACCAGCCAAAAAAAUGCAUAAUAAUGAAGAAAAAUACAUAUAUUUCACAUAUAAAUUGCAUCUAAGUAUAAGUCGUACCCCUGUCCAAAUUAUAAAAAAAAGUGCGGCUUAUAGUCCGGAAAAUACAGAUCUUUUAAAAUCUGAAACCGUCCCAAGUACCCGCUAGUAAGUGCCAAGGGGCCCCCAUAUCCUUGGUUGGGACUGGUAUACAAUGCAUGAUGUUGUUCUGGCAAAAUAACUUCUAGGGAUGCACCGAUACUGAUACUGGGAUCAAAUAUCAGCACCGAUACUGAAAAAAUUGGUGAAUCGGGUAUCGCUUCCAUAUCAGUUCUGCAGAUAUCCUGGAAUGGUUCAUAAUGCUUGAACUUUUAUUCGUACAAAGCGGUUCAGUCGUGAUAUGAAGGUUACAGUUACACAACACAAUUCUCUGCUGCACAAUAAGUUAACAUUGUUUUAACUAAAUAAGUCUCAUUUUCUGUCUCUACACUGGUAUCGGUUAAUAUAGGGUAUUGCCAGUAUCGAUAUUGGAAUCAGAACUGGAUAAACUGGACCGUGCAUCCCUAGUAAAUUCCGCAUGCGUCAGUGGGGCUUAUGAUUGGUUAAGGUAAAACCAUCAGGUUGAUUUAACUGAAUAAAAAGUUUCGUUUUAUGUGUCCACUUCAUUUUUUGUUUGUAGAAUAAAGCUCUGAAGGACUAAUGGAAGGAUAUUUGUCUCACAGUGAAAUCCACAUCUUUUCAAAAUGGUCUGAAUCACUGUUUUCAGAAAAAUGAGACAGAAGAGUGACUCACAUAGACUUUUGUACAGUUUUGUUAGAGAACACAUGGAGCAUUGUGUUGUAUUAUUCACUCAUCAAACAUGUGAUGUGUGCAACUGGAAGGUCAAAAAAAACACUGAUACUCUGCCAAAAAAAUGUGGCACAAAAGCAAAAUGUGAAUUGAAAUCGAAAAUGAGAAAUUUCUAGAACUCCAAGGAGUUAUUGUUAUGUCAAGACUGCAGUUAUAUUCACUUUAAUUCAUUUCAUGUACAUAUGUUUGCAGUAGUUUUUUUUAAGUACUUCAAUAUUUUUUGACAAUAUUUUUUUUUUUGAUUCUUUUUUUAUUACUUUUUUUGAAUUUUGAAUUUAGAUUUUUUUUUUUUUUUUUUUUUUGACUGGCCUUGCUUGUUUUCUCUUCCUUUUUUAAAGGCAAAUUUUCAGAUCUUUAAACAUGCUGAUUUACCUCUAUCUAUUUCUGAAAUGUAUAAAGAGUAAAUUCUGUAUUAUGAAAUGUUGUGGACAGGUUAAAAGUCAUGCAGCUGUUUUUUUACUUUUAUUUUCAAAAAUCAAAACUGGAACAAAUUUGUCCAAUUCCUGAAGUGUACUGUAUACGUAAAUAUUUGUCAUUUUAUAUUGAAUUCAUAACAUUGAAUAAAGUACUCAUUUAUCCUC